GCGGGCGCCGGAAACCCCCAGGCGGAACUACAGGCCUCGGGCCCCUCAGGCGGAGCGGCUGGGCGCCGGACCCCCGGGUGGAGCGACAGGUCUCGUGCCCUCAGGCGGAGCGGCGGGCGCCGGAUCCCCCAGGCGGGCGACAGGCAUCGGGCCCCCAGGCAGGGGCGACAGGCGCCGGACCCCCAGGUGGAGCGACAGGUCUCGGGCCCUCAGGCGGAGCGACAGGUCUACAAGGGCCCCCACCCCCAGUGCGGGGCGGCGGGCGCCGGACCCCCAGGUGGAGCGGCGGGCCGCGGACCCCCAGGCGGAGCGACAGGUCUCGUGGCCCCCAGGCGGAGAGCAGCGGGCACCGAGUCACCCAGGCCCCGACAGUGGGCUCCGAGUCAACUCGGCAUGACCGCUGGCACUAGGUCAGACAUUGGAUCGUCCUGGCUGGACAGCAGGCAUCGGGUCACAGGCAUCAGGUCAUUUUGGCUCGACAGCGGGCACCGUGACCCAUCUGGCAAGCAGUGGGCUCCAAGUCAACUGGUAUGACCGCGGGCACUGGGUCAGACAUUGGAUCGUCUGACCGGACAGCUGGGCAUCGGAUCACCAGGCAUCAGGUCAUUUGGCUCGACCUAGCGGCACCGCGUCAUCUGGCAAGGCAGUGGGCUCCGAGUCAACUGGUAUGACGCGGGUCACUCUGGGUCAGACAUUGGAUCGUCUGACUGGAACAGCGGGCAU